UAGCCGAACAAAAUUUUUUACAACGUGGAAUUGGGCUAUACUACUAUAACAAAACCAGUAAGGUAGGUAAAUAGACGACGUUCGGUACGGUACCGUUCUUGGCGUAUUAAUAUAUUUUUGUAUUUGUAUAAGUAGCCUAUUGUGUUUCUUUAUUUUUGUAGCAGUUUUUUUGAAGAUUCAUUUUGGCUUAGGUUGUACAGUUGUACCAGUACCGGUAUAGUUUAUCAAAAUACAGAAAAUAAUAUUCUUAUUCCUGUAUUCAUUACAGUGUCUAAUAAUCGAUAAUUUAUCCAUAAAGCAGUAAAGUAAUGGCUAGGUCAGCGAAUUUUGUCAAUAGCGAAAAGCAGCUCCUUGUCCAGAUAAUUAGCGAACAUCCCCAAGUGGAGUCAAAAAGAACGGACAAGGUGUCAGUUGUGCAAAAGAAUUUGGCUUGGAAGCAAAUCGAAGCCAAAUUCAAUGCAACUGGCACCUUGUGUCGCCGAACUGAAAAAAAUCUGAAGGAUGCGUGGAAAAACAUCAAAAACAAAGCAAAGCAAGACAAUGCCCAACGCAAACGCCAUUUGAGGCAGACAGGAGGUGGGCCUGGUGUACCCACCGAUGAACUCAGCGAGAAAGUUGAGGCUCUCAUUCCUAGACAAAUAAAUUGCCUUGCGAUCAACUUCGAUGAUGACAAUCAAAUUGAAAGCUCGCUCGAAGAACAAACAUACACACUUGUUUCAGUAGCUGAGGAAUCUUCAUCUUUCUCAGAUGGUAACGAAUCAGCAGUUUUGCAGACAUUGAGUACAGGUACUCCUCAUAGAGCGUUGAUUCCUUCACGAAACAUAGUAUGGAUAAGUAGAAAAAUACAGUUGAUGCACAAAGAUCAGGAAGACCAAGGAGUGGACGCUCCGAGGAAAACAUUCUGAGCCGAAUUUAUUUCUAAAUUCUUCGCUGAAGAGGUGCUGAGUUUGCCUAACUGAUUUAUAUGCCAAACAGCAGGUUUGCACCUCAAUCCUUCGGUUAAUCUACCGUAUUUGUCAUUCUGUGUGUUGAUAAAUAUGCAAACAAUACCUAAAUUUACUACUUAUCCAUAACUAUGUUUACUGAUGAAAUGAACGCUCUAUGAGGAGUACCUAAAAAGAAAAUCGAAAUAAAAAAUGUAUACUUACUUUUGAAACACCUUUUAUGUUACCUAUUAUAAGCUAAGCUAGCUACAGAUCAAAAGUAUUGGUCAAUAAUGUUUGCACGUGCAAGAUGACCUGCUUGGGAAGACUGUA